GGCCAGCAUCAUCGAGAAACACGAGAGAUGACAGAGCAUCCCGAAGUAAAGGGCGAGCUGUGGAAGUUAGUUCCAGUGAAAUCUUGCUAUUGGAAGCGACCUCAUCACACAAGCGGUCAUCACAACCUCAGUUACAACCGCGACGACAGUGAUGGAAGCACAUGUUCCGAUGACGUCACUUCAAAAAGCUAUGACAUCAAUGCAGAACGAGCUGACAUCGACAAGCGAAAAUUAGACAAAAAUGGAAUCAAUGUUGUAAUUGAACCAGAGAGCUUACCACCAUAUGCCUACCAUCGAAACAAUUCGAAUUCAAAACGAGAGAAUGAGAGGAAGCAUAUAAAACGAGUCAAAAAAUGC